AUGGCUACCAACGGCGAUUUCUCCGAUGAGUCCCUCCCGGGCAGCCCCAACCUCGAUGCCACCAACGCCCAGGAUUUUGACGACCAGGAGCCUCUCGAUGAGAAGCCCCUCAAGUCCGCGAUGAAGAAGUCCGCUGCCCCGCCUCCCGAGGCUCCCAAGCGUCCCUGGCUCCCUGAGCAACCCGACCCAACUACCCUGGAUCUCUCCACACUCACGCCCUUGUCCCCCGAAGUCAUUGCCCGCCAGGCUACUCAGAACAUCGGUACCAUCGGGCACGUCGCACACGGUAAGAGUACGGUUGUGAAAGCUAUUUCAGAGGUUCAGACCGUCCGAUUCAAGAACGAGUUGGAGCGUAACAUUACUAUCAAGCUGGGUUAUGCGAACGCCAAGAUCUACAAGUGUGACAAUCCCGCUUGCCCUCGGCCAACAUGCUACAAGAGCUACAACAGUGCGAAGGAGAUUGACCCACCCUGUGAGCGUGAUGGCUGUGAGGGAACAUACCGUCUCCUGCGCCAUGUGUCCUUCGUUGACUGCCCCGGUCACGAUAUUCUCAUGAGUACCAUGCUGUCAGGUGCCGCCGUCAUGGAUGCUGCCCUCCUUCUCAUUGCCGGAAACGAAACCUGCCCCCAGCCUCAGACCUCCGAGCAUUUGGCUGCCAUUGAGAUCAUGAAGCUCAGCCACAUGGUCAUCCUGCAGAACAAGGUCGAUCUGUUGCGCGAGGAGAGUGCUCUGCAACACUACCAGUCUAUUCUGAAGUUCAUCCGCGGUACCGUCGCCGAUGGCUCCCCCGUUAUCCCCAUCUCCGCUCAGUUGAAGUACAACAUCGACGCCGUCAACGAGGCUCUCGUUUCUCUGCCCAUGCCCAUCAGGAAUUACAGCGAGACUCCUCAGCUUAUGGUCAUCAGAAGUUUCGAUGUUAACAAGCCUGGUGCGGAGAUUGAUGAGCUUAAGGGUGGUGUUGCCGGUGGUUCCAUUCUUCAGGGUGUGUUGAAGGAGAACGAUGAGAUUGAGAUCCGUCCCGGUCUCGUCACCAAGGAUGAGGCCGGUAACAUUCAGUGCCGUCCCAUUUUCUCCCGCAUCGAGUCCCUGUUCGCCGAGAACAACCCUCUGCGCUUCGCUACCCCCGGUGGUCUUAUCGGUGUUGGUACCCGCAUUGAUCCCACCCUCUGCCGUGCUGAUCGUCUGGUCGGUUUCGUCCUUGGCCACCGUGGCCGCCUCCCUGCCAUCUACACCGAGAUCGAGGUCAACUACUUCCUGCUCCGCCGCCUGCUUGGUGUCAAGACUGCCGAUGGCAAGCAAGCCAAGGUUGCCAAGCUGGCUAAGAACGAGGUUCUGAUGGUUAACAUUGGUUCCACUGCCACCGGUGCUAAGGUUCUGGGUGUCAAGGCCGAUGCUGCCAAGCUCAGCCUGACCAGCCCUGCCUGCACGGAGAUUGGUGAGAAGAUUGCCAUCAGCCGAAGAAUCGAGAAGCACUGGCGUCUGAUUGGUUGGGCCAACAUUGUUGCUGGUAACACCAUCGAGCCUAUUGCGCACUAA